CACAUGUCAUCAAGUUAUGACAAAUAAUGUGGUCCUAGAUGUGCAAUGCGUAUAUCAAUAUUAACUACUUGGUCAUAAUGUUUUAUUACCUGCCUCCUAGAAAGAGUUGGUUCUCUCCUAGAAUCUUUGUUAGUCUAUAUAUUAUUUAUAUCAUUUUAAAAUGUCUUAGUUGCUUCUUAUUCCCUCCAUUGUCUCUUUACUAGUAGGAACAAACAUGGUUUCUAUACUUGUCAUUGACUGAGCAACAGAAAGUUCAAUGACAAAUAGUUCCACUAUUUCUCUUUACCUUCUUGGUGCACAACUCUUUAUAUCCCUUUUUAUCCUUCUGGAUCAGUCUGAAAAGUACAUCUUUUCCAAACCUUUUCAAGUUGCAUGAACGUUUGUUUUAGGUGAGCUUUCAGAUUUGUUUAUGUGAACAAUGGAAGGGUGCUGUGAUCUUGAGGUGGAUGUCAAUGGGGAAGAAGUUUUUAUGGUCCAUAAGAAAAUUCUCAUGUCCUUCUCAAGUCUAUUUAGCAAAUUAUUUGGUGAUUUGAAGGGCACAGUGAGGAACUUGAAAGUGAUAUUCAAUGAAUUUCCAGGUGGUGCAAAGGGUUUUGAGCUCAUGGCAAUGUUUUGCUACGACAAUGGCAGAACUAUGAUAACACCCUCGAACAUAUUUCUCCUAAACUGUGCUGCUCAUUUUUUGGAGAUGGAUGGUAAUGGUUCUAGUAGACAUAGUUUAAUUGACCAAACUGAGAAAUCUCUUAAAGGGAUCAACUUUUGGACUUGGUCUGAGCUCUUAGAAGCUCUGAAACAGUGCCAAGAUUUACUUCCUGCCACAAAAUCUUCAGUUAUGCUUCAGUGUAUCUUGGAUUGUCUAAUAGGACGGAUUGCUUUGCCUAGUAUUGCAAGCCCACAUACAUGUUCUUCAGACAGUUCUAGUUUCCAAUUUUCCUGUGAUACAAGCAUCGACAGCCUGAAAAGCAGCUCUUCUCAACUAACCUGGUGGUUUGAAGAUCUUUUGUUCUUGAAUGUUGAUUUGAUAGACAAGUUAAUCAAGACAAUGGUCUCCCUGAAAGUCAACCAUGCUACAAUCUAUAAGUUUCUCUUCUAUUAUCACAAAUCAAGAUGUAUUGGUGCAGCAACAGCUGAGAAGUGCAAAAUCACAGAGGUUGUAAUUAAUCUGAUUUCUUUGCUUGAUAGGAGUUCUCUUUCUUGCAAGGGCUUAUUUGAAAUUUAUCGAGUGGCUUUAGGCUUGAGAAUAAGUAAAUUUUACAGAAAUAAUUUAGAGAGCCUGAUGGGUUCACAGUUGGAUCAAGCAACAAUUGAUUAUCUGCUUGCCCCAUCUCCACAUAGACGAGUUUAUUACUAUGAUGUUAAUUUGGUUUUAAGGCUUGUACAAGCAUUUCUCCUUGAAGGCGGUAGUUUGUCAUUUACAAGUCGAUUAAAAAAGGUUACCAACUUGUUGGAUUCAUACCUUGUGGAAGUGGCUCCGGAUUCCCAUCUGAAACCUUCCAAGUUUACUGCAUUAGUAUUGCUGCUGCCAGAUUAUGCUAGAGCAUCUUAUGAUCGUGUUUACCAAGCCAUGGAUUUGUUUCUAGAGGUUCAUGCUGGAUUAUGUGAAGAAGAAAAGAGGAGUGUCUGUUGUGCACUGAACCAUGAGAAGCUCUCAGAAGAAGCUUUGAAAGAUCUAUCUCGGAACUCAAAAUUUCCUUCACAAACUGUGCAAAAGGCUCUUACUACACAACAAUCCAUGAUCAAAUGUUCACUUUCAGACACCCACCAUCUCUUAACUUUUUGUGACUCUUUGUUUUGUAGCAACACUAAGGAAAAUUUAGGUAAGGAGGAUUCUGAGACCAAGAAGCUUAGAGCAGAUUUGCAAGGAAUGCAUUGGAAGAUGAUGGGGUUGGAGAAGGUUUGUGGUGCAAUGCAGACAGAGAUGGCAAACAUAAUGAGAUCAAGAUUAUCUAUCCUUGGCAAUGCUAGAUCCUUACCAAAGCUCUGUUCAUGACAAAACUUUGGAUACUUGCUAGUUGCUACCCAAUUUCAUGUAUAUAUUUUAUUUGCACUUUCUGUCAAAAUGAUUUGUUGAGUAAUAA